GUAACGAGCGGACGAAUUUGCAAAUUUUCGUUCUCGUCCAUUCGCUGUAACAUAAAUCGAUCGAUGUGAUACGAAUAGAGUUCGAUGAGAUAACAGCAAGCAAACCACGCGAGGUCAUAGAGGAACGUUCUAACGAUGAAAGCUUUUAAAAUAGGUUCUGAUAGCCGAGGGUUUCCGAAUACAAAACGGUUCUUCGAUAAAAGCCAUAAUCUUAACCGAUGCUGACGACUAUCAUUUGUUGUUGUUUGAACUUUUUCUGUCUUUCUGUGUGUUUUUUUCUUUCAAUUGUCGUGACUCGACACGAGGAAAAACGAACAGUGCUGUGUCUACGAAAGGGGAUUACUUUACGAUUUAAUAAUCGUGGAACACGGUUUAUAAGCUUGAACGUAUUAUUACUAAUAAACAGAUAAAAUGAAUGGCCAUCGUGGAAGUGAAAUAAGCGAGGAAAUACUAGACGCUGAAUAAUCACAUUAAUAAUAAUCACUGUGGUUAAUGACGUAAUAUCUUGUCGUAUUAUUAACGGUGCUUCGGUUUAUUAAGCGAUAAGCGAUAAUGAGAACACCUAAAUUACUUUGAGGAAAGAAAGGAUUUGAAUCUAAAGGAAUUACUUUUACUUUGAAGAUUGAGAAGUAUCGCUGAACACUCGAUAUAAGAAUUAAAAACUGCGAAGUACAAUGGUUGAAACGCUUUGUUGAAUAUUUUUAAAUUAUUUUUAUCUUUGAUAAAUAAUAAUAAUUGUUAAAAGAGAUAUACCUGAAUUUGUAAGGCCACGUCAGAGUGUUAGCUCCUUACGGUGAAGUUGAAGUUGUUAAAAAAGAAUGUAUCGGGCAUGUUCAGAAGAAAAUGGGUUCACGACUCCGCGAGCUAGUAAAACAAAAUGCAGGAACAGUUGAAAAAGGCAGAAAAAAAAUUCCAAAAAAAGUACUUUCAGGAAAAGGUAAACUCACGGCUAAGCUAAUAGAUAAGCUGACAGUCUACUAUGGUUUGGCAAUAAGGAGAAAUUGUGAAUCCGUGGAUAAUAUGUAUAAUGCAAUUUGGGAAACAUAUUAUCACUAUUGUUCGACUGAUGAGAAGCCUCAACACGAAAUGUGCCCAGGUGGAGAAGGCUCAUGGUGUAGUUGGCAGCAAGCGCUAGCAACAGACACAUUAUCUUCUUACACCUAUGAUUAUACAACUUUAUCAGCUGAUGUUGCUGAAGUUAUAUAUCCAAUUUAUGAAGACCUUAGCAACGUAAAAUUAUUGGAAAGGUGUGUUGGUGGAUUUACACAAAACAAUAAUGAGAGUUAUAAUCAGUUAAUAUGGAAAAAAACUCCAAAAAUUGUUCCAUGUGGCUCUAAAGUUGUUGAAAUAGCGGCUUACAUUGCAGCUGGAAUGUUUAAUGAAGGUACAAAAUCAUUAUUGUACUUUAUGAGUGCAUUAGGACUUUCAUUAAUCACCGCAGCUCAUGCUUAUGUCGACAAAGAGGACGCAGAGCGUGUGAUGAUCUUCGAUGUGAGAGCGCAUAGGAGCACGCGAGAACGAAGAAUGGCUCGACGACAACACCAGCUGGACUUAUUAGAAGCUACCGAUACUGCAGAAGGUCUGAAUAGACCUCUGAUCUGAUCCUGAUAAU